AUGACAAAGAAAUUAUACGCGCAACAAUCUAAAUUACCUAGAUUACCCGUUCCAGCUUUAGAGGAGACUUUAGAAAAGUAUUUGGAAUCUGCAGAGCCAUUCCUCAAUGCAGAUGAGUUGAAGAGGUCAAAGCAGCUUGUUGACAACUUCAAAUCGGGCCAAGGGGUUACACUUCAACAGAGAUUGCUUGACAGAUCUACAAAGAAGGAGAAUUGGCUGAUUGAUUGGUGGAAUUCUCAAGGUUACUUGGAACCACGUGAUCCAGUUACUCCAUACUCUAAUUACUACUUUUAUCAUCGUCAUUUGAUUGGUAACAAUCAAUCAACUGUUGCUGCUUCACUUAUCAAAGCUACUCUUGCUUUUAAACAUCUCGUUGAUUCAGAACAGCUUGAACCUGAGAAUAUCAAAGGUACACCUUUAUGUACUGAAACUUAUCAAUUCUUAUUCAAUAGCUCACGCGUUCCACUCAAGAAUUCUGAUAAAGUUGUCAAAUUCGACCAAUCUAAUCAACACGUCGUUGUCUUAUCAAAUAACAGAUUCUUCAAGUUGGACGUUAAUAACUCUGAUAAUUUAGAAUCACAACUUGAUCACAUUAUAAAAAUCUCAUACGAUAGAACUGGUGAUGCUGUUGGUGCUCUCACCACCGAAAACAGAGACACUUGGUCAGAUGCACGUCAACACAUUCAAUCCCUCUCAAAUUCAAAUUCAAACUCACUCAAACAAAUCGAUUCUGCUGCUUUAAUUGUUGCUCUCGAUAGUUCUUCUCCUAUAAGCCGUGAUAAGGCUAGCUGGGGUGCUUGGGUUGGUGACGGCCGUAAUAGAUGGUUUGAUAAGCAUCAAAUAAUCGUUUACAAGAACGGUAAAUCAGCAUUCAACGCUGAACAUUCCACUAUGGACGGUAUGAUCACUCUUCGUCUUAAUGAGUUUAUUAUGGGCACUUUAGCUAGCAAGAAGAUUACGCUUGGUGAGAAGAGUUCUGUUAAGCAGUCCGAUGUUGAGGAAUUGCCAUUUGAACUUGAUUCAAAGGCACUUGAUUACAUCACCAACGCAGAGAAGCAUCACGACGCUAUAAUGGGUGCUCACACUAUGGAUGUAAUUCAAUACGAUGGCUACGGUGCUAAUCUCAUCAAAUCAAACAAGAUAUCUCCAGAUGCUUGGGUACAAAUGAUCAAACAACUCGCAUUCUGGAAGCUACGUGGACGUGCACCUGGGGUUUACGAGAGUUGCCAGACCCGCAAGUUCCUGUAUGGACGCACUGAAGUUAUUCGUCCAACUUCGAAUGAAAGUACAAAAUUUGUGCAUCUAAUGAGAGAUGUUAAUGCGAGUGAUGCCGAUCGCAUUAGCGCACUCCACGCAGCAGCAAAACGUCACCUGAAAUAUGCAGGAUGGGCAGCCAAUGGAGUAGCAGUAGAUAGACAUAUCUACGGUCUCAAAAAUUGCAUUGAGCAAGGUGAAGAUAUUCACCCCGCAUUGAAAGAUGCAGCAUUGGCGAGAUCGAGCAAGUGGGAAUUGAGUACAUCACAACUCAGCUCACCACUAUUCGAUGGCUGGGGAUUCAGUGAAGUUACUCCGGAUGGAUUUGGUUUGGGUUACGCCAUUCAGGACAAGUCGAUAAGGUGGACCAUCACGUGCACUAACGGAGAAGGCAAGGAGCUUGGCCACUGCCUUACAGAGUCUGCCAAUGAAAUGAGAGAUUUAAUGGAGAAAGCUUAA